AUGUUAUCCAAAGAUGACGAGGGAACUCCAAUAGAUGCCACAAAGUUUAAGCAAGUCAUUGGUUGCCUCAUGUAUUUAAUAGCCACACGUCCAGACUUACUGUUUGGAACAAGCUUGAUCAGUAGAUACAUGGCAAAUCCGAAAGAAUCUCACUGGUUCGCAAUUAAAAGGCUUCUUAGAUAUCUUAAAGGCACAAUUGAAUAUGGUAUCUUCUAUAAAAAAGGAAGAAAAAUAGAUUUCACUGCCUAUAGUGACAGCAACUAUGCAGGAGAUUCAGAUGAUAGGAGAAGCACAUCAGGUGCAGUUUUCAUGAUAGGAACAACAGUUGUAUCAUGGGCUUCAAAUAAACAACCUGUAGUAAGCCUAUCUACCACUGAGGCGGAAUAUAUUGCUGCAGCAUUCUGUGCAUGUCAAUGUAUUUGGCUUGAAAGAAUUUUAGAGCACAUUGGAAUAAGAAACACAUAA